CCCUCGCCUUCCUUUAUUUCAUUACCUUGACUUCUUCUUCCUCAUCUCUCUUUCUCUCUAUAUCAUGAUGAUGACCUUUUGUAAAAAGGGUGUUCACUCUCUCUUAGGCCUCACCGCCACCGCCACCUCCAUCGAUUCAGAUUGCAAUAAAAUCCCUUAUAAACACAAAGAAGGCCUAGGCUUAAUCAUCACCGCCACUGCUGAGACUUACCGUCCUCCUAAUGUUAUUGAAUCUUCUCUUCUUAAAUUAUCGUCGUCGUCGUCGUCAUCUCCACAGCCUCCUGCACCGUCACCACUGCCGCCAAUCUUUAGUAUGUUUUCGAAGAAAGACCCUGGAGGGCUCGGGUUCAUCGACGACAUGGGUGGCGGGGUUAAUGGCUUAAUGUCUUGUACUGAAAGCUUAGGUUUUGAAAGUUCGGAUGAAAGAAAUGUUGAGGACGAUCAUUACACGAGGGUAGAGUCACCGACAAGGGCUAAAGGGAGAAAGGACGCCGGUGCAAGAAGAAAGCUGAAGAAGUUUCCGCCUCCACUCUCGUCUUUCAACCGUAACGGUCAGCCCAGUUUCUUUCUCCGGUCUGUUAGGACAGACGGGAGACUAGAGUUAAAUGAAGUUAGAAUCGACCGGCCGGAGAUUUUACGCGCUUCACGGCAAGAUGGACGGUUGAGAUUGCAUCUGAUCAAUGAAGAAGAGGAGGAAGAAGAAGAAGAAGAAGAAGGAAAACAAAAAUUAGCCCAAGUAAAAGAAGAGGAGGAAGAGGAGGAGGAGGAGGAGGAGGUCGAGGAGAAAGAAGAGGAGAGAAUUGAGGGGUGGCAGCUUAAGGGUGUGAGUGGAGAGGUGUUAAGGAGAUGUAAUGAGGUGGGAAUCGGAAACAACCACCAUCAUCAUCAUCACCACCACCACCAUAACCUGCAUGUGUGGAACCAACAUUGUGUGUCAACCAGGUGAAUUCUAUGCCUCUUCACAUGGGGUGAUGUGCAGUGAACAAAGGGACGAACAAAGCCGUGUCUCGUCUACGAUUUUUCUUCCAAAUUUAAACCUAAAAUUCAUCUUACCA